GAAAACUUAGCGCACACGCAUAACUAAAAAGACAGAAAGAAGAAGCAGCAGUAGAGCAGUGAGAGAGCGAGCGCAUCCAAUUGGACUGUCAGACGGACGCGCACCACUUUCUGCUUAGUGCGAAUAAUAUAAAAAAGCAAAAUAAAUUGAAAGCGCAAAAGCAAAGCAAGCAGCAAAGUUAAAGUGCAACACAAGAAAAGUGCUCAAAAGUAAAAAUAAUAAUAAUAAUAAAGCCUCAUCCCAAUUGCGUGUGAGGUGUUCGUGCGUAUGUGCUAGUGAGUGUAAGUGCGUGCGUGUGUCAAAGAGAGAGUGAAAGAGAAAGAGAGAGACACCUCUCUGUGUGCUCGUGAGUCGCCAAAAAAAAGAGUCGUCACAACGUCGUCCGCAAAACCAACGACAUCAGCCGCUGCUGCUGCCGCCGCCGCUUCCGCCGUCGUAUCCAACUCCUCCUCCUCGACCCCAGCAACAGUCCAAAGCCAAAGCUCCAAGGUUAAACGCCAGACAUCGGCACAUAGUCCGCCACCAACAGGAGCAGCAGUAACCACUACAACAACAACAACAACACGCAGCGGAGGAAGGAGCGGCCAGCGACGUCGCAGUAGCAGCAGUAAUCCAAACGCCGGCAACACGAAAGCGACCAGCGGCAGCGGUGGAGCUGGCUGCGCCGGCGUCGCUGGUGGCGGUGGUGCGGGCGGUGGCGGGGGCGGUGCUGGCGGUGGUCAAGCCACCAACAUUAAGCAAAGCGUUAGCCGCAACAGCAACAUACGCAGCAGCUCCUCCAAUAGCACCAUGGCAUCAGCAGCGAAUCAUCAUCGUGGCGGACGCAGCGGCGCUGGAGGCGGCGUCACUGGCGCUGGCGGCGCUGCCGAUGGCAAUGCGGCCGGCUUGCAGUUUGGCUCCGCCUGGUUUCAGCGCAAAAUCAAUCUAAGGCCGCAGCAUCGCGGCGUUCAUUUGGUCACCGAGGAGAUCCUUCGACAGAUGCCCGAACUGACGCAAUUCUCUGUGGGAUUAUGUCAUAUGCAAAUUCUUCACACCUCGGCGAGUUUAGCGUUAAACGAGAGCUGGGAUCCAGACGUCAGAGACGACAUGGAAAUGAUGUUGAAUAAAAUAGUUCCCGAAGGUUUGCCCUACAGGCAUUCGUGCGAAGGACCCGACGAUAUGCCCGCACACGUGAAGGCCUGCUUCUUGGGCAGCUCACUGACAAUCCCCAUUACCGAUGGCAAACUCUCGCUGGGCACCUGGCAGGGCGUUUGGCUGUGCGAGCAUCGCGAUCAGGCCGGCAGCCGCAAGCUGGUGAUCACGUUAACCGGGUGUCCACGGGAACAAGCCGCCGUACGCAGUCCGCUGUCACCCGUCUCGCCCAUCGCGAGCACGUCCAGUUAGGGGCGGCCUCGCUCCACCCGCGACAGCCGGUAAUCGCGGGGGAGCGACAAUAAUGACAUCAUUUCGUCGAGGAAGUUGAUUUUACAAAAGAAUUUAGCUAGGGCAACCGCACAGCAGCGAGCAGCGGCCGUCAUUGCCGCUGGACGUGGCUUAAUUGGCGCAACAGCAUCCGCAACGGCACCAGCACCGCCGACACCAACAACAUCCACAUCGAGUGGUGCACAAUCAGGAGCCGUUGCCACCAACAACACCACUGGCGUUGCCGUUGAUAGCAAAACGGCGCGUCUGCUGUUGCGACAGCGUCUCCAUUUGAAUUUGAAUUUGAAUGUGACGGAGACGCUGCAGGAUGGCGUUGAUAUUGAUGAUGUUGAUGAGGAUGUCUGCGACUAUGAUUACGAUGAUUACGAUGACAAUAACGAACAGAUUUCAGUUCAGUUUGUCAGCAGCAGUCUUGAUGUCGCAGAUGUCGUCGAUGCUCAGGGCAGUGGGCGUCGUCGUGUUGGUGGUGAUAAUAUACAAACCGUCACAACAGUGCCUCAAACCAAACAACAACAACUAAGACAUAAGAUCACUACAGCAGCAGUAACAACAACAGCAACAACAACUACAACCAGCUCAUCAGCAGCAUCAAGUGCAUUAGCUAAAUUCAAUCGCAUUAUCGACUCUGUAAAUCUGGAACCACAUCGAGCCUCAGCAGCGUUUAGUAGCGCAACGCUGCAGCAACGCUUAGCGUUGGCCUAUCCAGAGUUGCAGCAGCCGCAGCAACAACAACAGCAGCAGCAGCCAAGUGAUAUGCGACAAAUCGACAACCUCCCACGUAGCACAAGUCGUGGCAUUGCCGCCGUUAGCACUCCAUUAACAUUGCAAGCACUAGACACAAUAAAAACCAAGACGGCGGCAAUGGAAAUGCAACAAAGACAAAAAGAACAGCAACACGACGCCGCUGAUCAAACGAAACGAAAUGAUGUGCAUUAUUUGUUGAAACAGUUAAAUAGUUUUAGUGAUAUAGAAGAAAUAGAAAUUGUUGAUAUGAAGCAAAGAGAGCAGCAACAGCGACAACAGCAGCAGCAACAAAAGCAGCCGCAGCAGCAGCAGCAGCGGCAACAACGCACAACCAAAGCCGCUGCAGCCAGCUCCUUGGAGCUGAUGCCCAUGUCCUCAUCCAUGCUGCCCAUACCGGGCUCUCCGUCGACUCAGUCGCACAAGGGCAACUUUAUGGUGGGCAACGGCGAGGGCAGCGAUGCGGCUGUUGCACGUCUGCAGUUCGAUGAUUAUUUAUUUGAAUCCUGCCAUUACCUGGAGACAAACUACUUUGCCGCUACCUAUCGCACUGCCAUGGUCGAGAGUUGCUCCCACGAGUUUCGCCCCUCGACCACAACGCCAACGAGCACACGAUCCGAUUGCUUUGAGCUCCACGAACUGGAGCCACCAAGUGUCAUUUGCAAGGCAGCUCCACCACCGCUGAUGGCAUCUCCAUCACCGCCGCCGUAUCAAGCGGAGGUGCGCAUGACCACCAGCGGUGUGCAGACCGAACUGACGGUCGAUUCGUUGGCGCAGCUCAGUCACAAUGGCAGCUCGGGCAGUUCGGGUUCAGGUGGCAGCGGCAGUAGCAUGCCACGUGUGCCGCCCUUUUUUCAUAUGCUGUUACACGCCCAUCGAUCGAUGGCGUGCCAGGCGAAUGGGCGCGGCACAGCGUGCCGCCGCCAAACAUGCUGGCAACCCAGAGAAGAAUGGACAUGCUGUCUGACAGCCGACAAAUAAAACUGACAGCCAGCCAAGGCAAAGACUCACAUCAUCUGACAGUCUCACCGAGAGAAAGAAAGAGAGAGUAGAGUGCUGUGUGCUAUUUCAUUUGCGAUAUCAACAAGAGAUUCCAUUUCGAAGACAGUCGUUUAAUAUAAUUACUUACAAUCACACACAAACGUACACGAAUCAUCCAGAACACUUGCGAGAUGCGCAACGAGUGCACUUUCUUAACGAAUGAUUAAAAGAUACAGACAGAUGAUGUUAUAAAAAAAGGAAAAGGUGAAUACAGUACUCCAAUUAACUGUAUCCGUGAGUCCUUCGUUUAUUAAAAACACUCGUUGCGGUUCGUGCAAAUAUAUUUCCGUUUCAGAACUCAAUUUACAGAAACUACACAAAAGUAACAAAGUCAGCAGACAAUAUUUACCAUUCUUCAAAGAAUUCUAUAAUCAAUUCUGUUGGCUAGUUUGAUUUUAUGCCUUGCAUGAAUAAUAACUGCCAAGUUUGAAAGCUCUACUUCUUAUAUUUGCUGAGAUGAACGUGUUUAAACAGACGGACGGACAGACAGACAGAUCAUACAUUUUUUUUUGUAGCUUUGUUCCCCCAUUUUCAGAGGGCACAGGGUAGAAAUAGAAUGAAUGGAAAAUACAAUAAACAAUUUGAUAGACUAAAAUCGCAAAUCAUUUCGAAAGUGUUGUAUAAAUAAUGAAAUGCAAAAAUUUAAACGAUAUGUAAUAAUAAUAAUAAUAAUUAAAUUGUAAUUGUUUCAAUAAACUAAAAUACCAAUAAUAUGAAAUGCUAAAUAUUGUUAACGAAAAAGCGCAAACCAAAAGCAAAAACCAAAUUGUAGCCAGCAGCAGAGCAAAGUUUGCGAAUUAAAAAAAGACAUGAGACAGUGAGAGCUUGUAUAGUAAGUUGUUAAAACAAAUAAUUGCAAAAAACCAAAACGCAUAAUUAAUAAUACUAAUUUGUUAACUGAACCGAAGAAGCGUAGACGCCAAAUCCAAUUUGAUAAUGUCAAUUUUUUUAUGUAUCAUUUCUUGUGUCCGUAUCGUCUGUAAGAUAAUCCUCCAAAAAUAUCAUAGAAGAAUUCAUUUUGAUUUCCAUUGAAACCAACACACACACAUGGCAAUUGUUACAUCAAUUAACACACUAUAUAGCAUAACAAUAUUAUUUUCUUUGUUAUACAAAAUAUGGAAUUGUUAGAAUUAAAUUUUCAGUUGUCCCUUUGUUUAAAUUAGUUACUUUGUGAAGUUACACCCCAGAAGCAAUAUUAGUUUUAUAUUAAACUUGUAAAACAUGUAGAACUUGUCAAUUUUGUUCGUAAUGCAAGUAAACUAUAUUCCAUGAAUUAACAUAAACAAAAAUAUAUAACAUAUAAAUACAUAAACAUAAUAUCACUAAGCUUAAUGAUGAAAUCGACACGCGCUUCAGUUGAACCGAUUUGAAACACAAUAAAAACUAAAUUGAUUUAAUUGAUGAGUUUUAUUGAGUUAAAUGAAAUACGAAAUACAGCCUUACAUUUUAAUUGGGCAUAUCAAAACUAUGCUAUCACAAACAUUAUUGGAAAGCUAGCAAAUAGUGAAAGUAAUUUCAGGUUUUUCAGCUCAGUUCUUCCAAAAAAAACAACACACAAAAACCAACUUUAAUAAUUAAUAAAUGAUACGAGCAAAUGAUAAACAUAAUAUGAUAAAUAAAAACACACUCAAAAGAAACCAAACAAAUGCCUUUUACAUGCCCACUCGUACACUAAUGGUAAAUAAAAAAUAUAAAUACAAAACGAAAUGAAAUAAAACAUCAAAUAAAAAUAAAAAAAACAACAUACUCUAAGCUAAGCAUUAAAUGAAACAACAUGUUAAUCGAGCAUAAUAAUCGAUUGGGAGGGGAAGACGUUCAGUUAAAUUUCAUAUAAAUUAAUGUGCAAUAUUAUUAACAACAUGUUGACUGUUGAACGAAUGAAUGAAUGGCAUAACUUGUUGAAACAAACAAUUGUUAAUUGUGGCUAGAAGUUAGCAAUUAAAUAAUAUCUAUUGUUGUAUGUUUUAUUCUGAUGCGCACGAAAUAUAAUAUAACUAAUAAUAAUAACUACAAUAAUAAAUAAACUAAUUCAUACAAAAUACAAAUUACAUGCAAUGAAAAAAUGUAGCUAAUGGUAAAAUUUUUGUAAACUUUUUGAUAUGUGAUGAUGAUUUGAAUAAAUUAAAACCACAAAAAACAAAAAAUGAAUAUGAGAAUAAUAAAAAAUUGCAUAACUUAGCCAUAGAUAUUUAAACUAAUACCAAAAAAAAAAAAACAUAAAAUUGAAAAAAAAUGUAGCGCAACGCAAAUUUAGAGCAUAAUUAAUAUGAACAAAAAUGCUAGUUAAAGUAUGUUAAGGGAAAUGGAGAAAUGAAAAACUUGUUAUACAAUAAGUGUAGUCUCGGCAAGCCGAUGCACAUCGCUGGCCCCUCCCCUCUCCUGUUCCGGAUCGGGUAUUAAAACAGAUCUUUUGAUUUGUAUUGAACGAUUGUUCUGUAAUUAAUCGAAAGUGUUUCGUUUUCUUUUUUUUUUUAAUUAAAGUUUCAAAUUGUGCAGGAUAUUGAGGAGGGGCUUUAUCUAGCAAUAUUCAUGGCAAUUCAAUUGUAUUAACGACAUUGAUAAAUCUGAAAGUGUAAGCAAAUAAUUUAGCGAGCAUUUUGUAGGAAAGUGUAGUUAAAAACUAUAUAUAUAUAGACAUAUAUAUAUAUAAUAAUUAUUAUCAAAUUGAAUAGUAAAUUUAUGUGCAUAAGUAGCGAAAUAUUCAAUUGUAAAUAUAUUUUUAAUGUACACGAUAUGUUUUUCGGUUUUUCGACCAAAACUAACAAUUGUUAACGAAGUUAAUUUCCACUAUUGCAAUAUUAGAUUCAUUAUCAUUUGGUCUCUAACAACAAAUUGUUGAAUAACAAAUUGACACACCCCAUCACCAUGAUUCACACACACACACACACACACACACACAUUUACACACGAAAAAGCUUUAAAUAAUUUAAUUACAAAAUACAUUAUAAAUAUGAACAGUAAUAAUUUUGAUAUCAUUAUCAUUGAUAAAUUCCAUUGUAGAUACGUACUUGUAUUGAGACAAAUUAAUAAAUUAAUUAAUUAACUAGCCAGCUAAGUCAAUGUCGCCUAAUGUGAGUUCUAUAAGCAUAAAUAAAAACAAGUACAUAUAAUAUUACAAUAAUUAAAAACACUCAUACACAUUCACACAUUAAAACUACAACCAAAAAAAAAACGCAACUACUUUUCAAAUAAAAGCAAAAACAAAACCUAAAAAAAUUUAUAAAAAUAAAAUACAUACAUAUAUGCAAAAACUGAAACAGGCCAGAAAAACCACAAAAACACUCGACGACACUCAACAUCCACAACAAGAAAAACAACUGACAAAACACAAAGCUUUUAUAAAACUAUUUGAAUAUAUAUUAAAAAGAAAAAACAAAAAAAAAAAUAAUAA